AUGGCCAUUGUGAACAGCUUUCAGAACGGUAACACCAACAUCGCCCAUGUCUUCCUCGAGGACCUUCAUGUUGACAACCAGGGGUUUGCCAUCCACCAGGAUGAACAGCAUCCGGCCGUACCUGUCCUUACUCGCAUUCCGCCACUUGUGGUUUGCACAACAGUUCACGCUGCAGUCGCCCGACAGCAUCCGCUUGACGUCGCCGCUGUCGAGUAUGAAGUCGAACUCGCCCUCGAUGAGGAUGCCGUAGUCCAGCGACAUGGCGCGGUGCAUGGGCGACUCGACGCCCGGGGCGAAGUCGAUCAGGCGGGCGCAACUGCCGUGGGGGACGUGGACAUGUGGCUAGUAGAUACUGGCUUCACUCGUUUUGUCGAAUUGUUGCUGGGAUCUUGCAGUGGCACAUACCUCGUUCUCACAGGCGAAUUUGAUGUCGACAUCGUUGUUCAUGUCGACUUGAUCGCCCACGGUGGUGUAUAUGAUGUUGGCGACGCCGUCUCCGUCGCACAGGGGGCGGUGGUGGUCUCCAUCAUCGUCGCCGAUGAAGACACCCAAUCCUUUUUUGUUGUGGCCCGUCAUGAAGCGGCGCGCGUGGCACAGACCAUCACCGGGGAAUUUGGUGAUAGGUCCUCUGUGUUCGCGCGCCAUGUUGUUGUCACCGAACUAAAAUUCCUUGAUAAGAGAGAUAUGGAGAAGCUAUAUAUUCUUUACCGUAAAAUGUUCGCAUAUUUCUAUAUAUCCUCCAGCGGGCAGACCAAAAAGAAGAGGGAAAUCGUCAAGCACGACAUCUCAGGUCUGCAGCUGCAGCGUCGUCCCGAAUCUCGUGUUUCGACGUUGAUCCACGACCGCCCACGCUCCCACCCUCGCCGUAAGUACCCAGACAUCCUCAAGGACGCUCCGGAACUCGAGAGCGUCGGUUGCCCUCUCUCCAAGGGCAAGGCUCAAAUCACGAUAGCGUAUGGCACUGAAGAGGUCGGAGACUUGAACGAGUUCAAAGAUGAUAAUAUUAUUGUUGUUGAUGGCUCUAGGAACCCAUUGGGCGACGCUGUUAUCAGGAAGCCAUCUGGACUCUUUGAUCGCACUCCGACUCGAUUGAACCUCGGUGAAGUUACUGAGGGAAGCAUACCUUCAAGCUCCAUGGUGUUUUGUCUCGCUCAAUGCCAGGUGCCUUUGAUGUCUACUAUUUCCGACGAAGAUAUGGCAGGAGUCAAGUCCAUCACAAAUAAUGCCAAAUGCAUUGUGUGGGUGACAGGCGGGAACUUAAUCGAAGGCUCCAGACCAGAGUUUGCCUUGAUUUCAGGGAUUGCAAGAGCUUUGGUGCUGGAGCAGCCUUCUGUGCGCUUCCACACUUACGAUCUUGAUAAUAUCUAUACCAAUGUGGAGGAGACUGCCGACAAUUUGAUAAAGGUCCUUAUUCAGAGCAACAGCGCACCGGACAAGGAGUUCGUUCAGCGCCAGGGUGUAGUGCAUGUCAGUCGAUACGUUCCCGAUGACAAUCUCAACAGUUGUUUCAGGCAACAACGCGGUGAUGAGCUUGUCGAGCUUCUCUUGGGUGAUGUCAAACCGGCAAAGUUAUCCUUCAAGAAGCCUGGCCAAUUCAGCAGCAUUUACUUCAACCAGAUCGAGCUCCCGGGUACUCUGGAUCCCCAUGACGUGCAAGUCCAAGUCAAAGCUAUUGGACUGAACGCCAGAGACUAUGCUGUUUUUGCCGGAAAGGUCGACUCGCCCAACUGUGCUUGCUCGCCCCAAUAUAGCGGUGUUAUGGCGAGAGUUGGUGUCGCGGUAUCGACUUUGAAAGCUAGUGAUCGCGUUAUUGCUAUGGCUCCCUCGCAGCUUCGAACGACUCAAAUUGUCUUGGCUUUCCCUACAGCUAUUUACGCGCUCCAUGACCGAGCCCGCAUGCAGAACGGCGAGAGCGUCCUGAUUCAUUCGGCUGCAAGCGCCGUUGGAAGCGCAGCGAUUCAAAUUUCCAAGCUGGCGGGCGCCGGGAUCUUCACCACCGUCUCAUCGGCUGGGAAGAGGGAGUAUCUGAUCAAGGCCUUCGGCCGCAAACCCUCCAGUAUCCUAAGCUCUCAGGACGCUACGUUCCUACCAGCCAUAUUCGACCUCACUAACGGCAAGGGCGUCGAUGUCACGUUUUGUGGAGGUCGUCUCGAGAUGGAUCAGUUCUUGCGGAAUGUAACUUUCACCGCCUUCGACCUGACCAACCUUUACGAUACCACCAAUCCUGCGCACAAGCCAAAUGGGCCACUCUUCUAG